AUGCCCAUCUGUGAAAAAGCUCCCCCUAAGAUGACGGCAAAAAGUCCGGGCAGUGAGGAGGAGCCUGGGCUGCCCAAACUCCCUGUGCCCCCGCUGCAGCAGACCCUGGCCACCUACCUGCGGUGCAUGCAGCACCUGGUGCCCCAGGAGCAAUUCAGGAGAAGCCAGGCCAUCGUGCAGCAGUUUGGGGCCCCUGGUGGCCUCGGCGAGACCCUGCAGCAGAAGCUCCUAGAACGGCAGGAGAAGACUGCCAACUGGGUGUCCGAGUACUGGCUGAACGACAUGUAUCUCAAUAAUCGCCUGGCCCUGCCUGUCAACUCCAGCCCAGCUGUGAUCUUUGCCCGGCAGCACUUCCAAGACACCAAUGACCAGCUAAGGUUUGCAGCCAACCUCAUCUCUGGUGUGCUCAGCUACAAGGCCCUUCUGGACAGCCACUCCAUCCCCACUGACAGUGCCAAGGGCCAGCUGUCAGGGCAGCCGCUCUGUAUGAAGCAAUACUAUGGGCUCUUCUCCUCCUAUCGGCUCCCCGGCCACACCCAGGACACGCUGGUGGCCCAGAAGAGCAGUGUCAUGCCCGAGCCGGAGCACGUCAUUGUGGCCUGCUGCAGCCAGUUCUUUGUCUUGGAUGUUGUGAUUAAUUUCCGCCGUCUCAGUGAGGGGGAUCUGUUCACUCAGUUGAGAAAGAUAGUCAGAAUGGCUUCCAACGAGGAUGAACGCUUGCCUCCAAUCGGCCUGCUGACGUCAGACGGGAGGAGCGAGUGGACUGAGGCCAGGACGGUCCUCAUGAAAGACUCCACCAACCGGGACUCUCUGGAUAUGAUCGAGCGCUGCAUCUGCCUGGUGUGCCUGGAUGCCCCCGGAGGCAUGGAGCUCAGUGACACCAACCGGGCGCUCCAACUCCUCCACGGCGGAGGCUGCAGCAAGAACGGGGCCAACCGCUGGUACGACAAGUCCCUGCAGUUUGUGGUGGGCCGAGAUGGCACCUGUGGCGUGGUGUGUGAACACUCCCCUUUCGACGGCAUUGUCCUGGUGCAGUGCACGGAGCAUCUGCUCAAGCACAUGGUGAAGACCAGCAAGAAGAUGGUCCGAGCUGACUCGGUCAGCGAGCUCCCAGCACCCAGGAGGCUGAGGUGGAAAUGCUCCCCGGAAAUUCAAGGUCUCUUAGCCUCCUCAGCAGAAAAACUUCAACAAAUAGUAAAGAAUCUCGACUUCACCGUUUGUAAGUUUGACAACUAUGGGAAAACAUUCAUUAAGCAACAGAAAUGCAGCCCUGAUGCCUUUAUUCAGGUGGCCCUCCAGCUGGCCUUCUACAGGCUCCACGGGAAACUCGUGCCCACCUACGAGAGCGCGUCCAUCCGCCGGUUCCACGAGGGACGGGUAGACAACAUUCGAUCGGCCACUCCGGAGGCGCUGCGUUUUGUGAAAGCCAUCGCUGACCACCACACAGCCACCGUGCCGGGUUCGGAGAAGCUGCUGCUCCUAAAGGAUGCCAUCCGAGCCCAGACGGAGUACACAGUCAUGGCCAUAACAGGGAUGGCCAUCGACAACCACCUGCUGGGGCUGCGGGAGCUGGCCCGGGAAAUGUGCAAAGAACUGCCCGAGAUGUUCACGGAUGAAACGUACCUGAUGAGCAACCGGUUUGUCCUCUCCACCAGCCAGGUACCCACCACCAUGGAGAUGUUUUGCUGCUAUGGUCCCGUGGUACCCAAUGGGUACGGUGCCUGCUACAACCCCCAGCCAGAGAGCAUCCUUUUCUGCAUCUCCAGCUUCCACAACUGCAAGGAGACAUCAUCAACCAAGUUUGCAAAAGCUGUGGAAGAAAGCCUCCUUGAAAUGAGACGCCUCUGCAGUCUGCCAUUGUCUGCCACAGCCAAGCCACCAGCGACAAAGGAAAAAGUAACAAGGCCCAGUCAGGGGCACCAACCGUGA